GCAGCCUCCUCCUCCUCCUCCUCCAGUCUGAGGACAUACACCUCCUGCGUCCUGUUCCCAUCUUUCAGUGCAGGAACGUUCAUCAUGAUGCAUCUCCGCCGCAUCUGUCUGCUGUUGUCGCUAACUUUGGGAUGGACGAGGGCCCAGCAGAGCAACUACACCAGGCCUGUGUUCCACUGUGGAGGCGACCUGGUGGCAGACUCAGGCUUCAUUGGCAGCGAGGGCUUUCCCAGCUUCUACAAACCCAACAGCAAAUGCACCUGGCGCAUCACCGUUCCAGAGGGAAACGUGGUCAUGCUCUCCUUCAGAAUAUUUGACCUGGAGGCCGACUCACUCUGUCGCUACGACUACCUGGAUGUUUUCAACGGUCACUCCAACUUGGUGCAGAAGCUUGGUCGCUUCUGUGGAACGUUUCGGCCCGGUGCUCUGAUCUCCACCACCAACACCAUGAUGCUGGAGAUGGUGUCUGAUGGAGAGACACAGGGGAGAGGAUUUGUGGCUUAUUUCAGUGGAGCCAAGCCAUACGUCGAUGGUCAACAGUUCUGCGGUGGGAAGAUAACAAAAGCCCAGGGAGAGAUCAUGACGCCCAACUGGCCUGACAAGAAGUACCCAGCAGGGACCAGCUGCUCCUGGCUGAUCACCGUCGAGCCUGAUAAGGUCAUUCAAGUGAAUUUCGAGAAGUUUGCCCUGGAGUCUGACACCUACUGUCGCUUUGACUAUGUGGCCUUCUUCAACGGUGGAGAGAAAGAUGACUCCCGACUGAUCGGCAGAUUCUGCGGCGAUGAAGCUCCUCAGCCCAUCAUCACCAGUGGCAACACCAUGCUGGUCCAGUUUGUGUCUGACCUGAGUGUGACGUCUGAUGGUUUCCUGGCGCGCUACACCAGUGUCACACCAGGAACCUACACCCCCACUGUGAAUUCAGGAACACCAGUGAAGUCCAUCCCUCCAAAACCUGCCGUCAAACCCGUGAUACCUGAACGACCCGCGGUCCCGGCUCAGCCUCCGGUACCUACAACGAAAUUCGUGCCGCCACCUGAACCCAAGCCAACAGAAAAAACAGUCAAACCCACAAGGGGACGGGGCAGCACCACCAGCAGCCAGGACCGGAGACCCAACGGCAGGAGACCAGCUUCUCAGAACCCACUCUGUACCACCACCUGCAAAAGAAGCGGAACCAUCAAGUCGAGCUUCUGCGCCAGUGAAUUUGUGAUCACAGCCAAGGUGGACUCUCUGACCCCCGGACCACGCGGGUCGGUCAACAUCGGCGUCACGCUGAUCAAGUCUUACAAGGAAGGUCGACUGACCGUCACAGAAGAGGGAGAGGCCAUGACAGUGAAGCUCGUGUCGCAGUGCCGGAGCUGCCCUCUACUACGCAGAGGCGGCAGCUACAUCAUCAUGGGACAGGUGGAUGCGGACGGACGUGGGACUCUGGAGCCCGGCGUGUUCACUGCCCCGUACAAACCUCCACACCACAGACUUUUGACAAACAUCAGCAACCAGCCGUGUUAACACAUCUGUCUGGAGCCAUCCACUAUUCGGCCUCAAAGUUUAUAAUGUGAAAUAUGAAAACCUCCCACACGCAUAAGAAAUCUCCCGGGCACACACCUGUCGAACCUUUUUGUAAUUUAUAUCUGAA